UUUCUUUUUGGUUUUUCUUCCUCUGGCAACUAGUACAGUAGCUAAACGCGAGAACUGGACAGGUGCCAGGGGGAGAAAUGCCGGCAGAAUGCGUGGCCUGCGUGGCCGGCAAAACAACCAGCAAGCUGGGAGCCCCGACGUGCUCUGAAGAGAUGCAAAGGAGGUGCAGCGGCCAGUGGAGGGAGACAACAGAGAAAAGGAAACGGCACCUUGGUCGCAGCCUGGCCUGGUGUGGGCUUGCCACUGCCGUAGAGGUAGUACUUUGCAUAGCUGCCCUGCAUUUGGGUAGCAAGGAGGCAGAAGAAAGUGAGAGGAGGAACACAUGGUGGCACAUGCCUCAACUAUGCCUCCAAGUGCCGCCAUCUCAAGGGAGGCGGCGCCGAGCGGUCGUCCGGCGUCGGUCGAGGAGGAGGAAGGGAGCAGCAGCGAGCGGGCCUCGCUCCCGCUGCUGGUGUCAGUCGCCCUGGAUAUGCGCAGGGACGCGGUCGUGCAGGGCCUGGCCACCAUGCUCCUGCUCUCCGGCAUGCUCUCGCUCGUGCUCUGCUCGGCGCUGGCCGGCCUACAGCAUCGGCAAGCGGCGCAGCGUCAACGCCGGCACGAGACCGCCUGCAUCUACAAGGCCUGCCACGAGACCAAGCCGGGUUUCCUGAACGUGCACAUUGUAAGCCACACCCACAACGACGUCGGAUGGGUCCACACUGUGAACUUCUACUACAGGAACUACGUGCGUACCAUCUUGGACUCGGUGGUCGCGGAGCUGGAGGCGAAGCCGGACCGGCGCUUCAUUUACGUCGAGAUGGCUUUCUUCACCCGCUGGUGGGAGGAGCAGACGCCCGAAAAACAGGCCUCGGUCCGCGCCCUCAUCGAAGAAGGUCGGCUGGAGUUUGCGGGUGGCGGCUGGUGCAUGAACGACGAGGCGACCACGCACUACACUGCAACGGUGGAUGAGAUGUCGCUGGGACUACGCUGGCUCAACUCAACGUUCGGCAGAUGCGGUCGCUCACGCGUCGCCUGGCAGAUUGACCCCUUUGGACACGCACGCCAAGAGGCAGCACUGUUCGCACAGAUGGGCUUCGACGGCUUGUUCCUAGGUCGCAUUCACCUCGAUGACAAAGAGUGGCGACAGCACACCAAGCAGAUGGAAUUCCUCUGGAAAGCAGACAAGUACAUUGGCGAGAAAGGAGACAUAUUCACGGGCAUAUUACCAAACGUGUACUGGCCACCGACGGGCUUCUGCUUCGACGUCUGGUGCGUGGACGAGACGCUGGACGCAUACAACGGACAAAGGAGGGCGAGAGAGUUUCUUCAGAUCAUCGCGAAACAGAUCAAGCACUACACUACAAAUCACACCGUAGUGACCAUGGGCAUGGACUUCCACUACAGAGACGCUUCCAAGUGGUUUCGCAACCUCGACAGCCUCAUCCAUUACAUCAAUGCCGAGCAAGUCAACGGCAGCCGCGUGCACGCCUUCUACUCGACUCCCGCCUGCUACCUGAAGGCUCUGCACGAGAGCGGCUUACGGUGGCCCGAGUUCUCGGACGAUUUCUUCCCAUACGCCGACCAGGAUCACGCCUACUGGACUGGCUACUACACCAGCAGGCCUAACUUCAAGUACUACGCGCGCCAUGCCAACGGUGUUCUCCAGGCGUGCAAGCAACUCAAGGUCAUCGGACAGUUGGACGACAGCGCGGACGUCGACACCCUUGCAAAGGCCGUGGCUGUGUUGCAGCACCACGACGCAAUAUCGGGCACUCAGAAGCAGCAUGUGGCUGAGGACUACGUGUACAUGACUGAGAUAGGAAUCAAGCAAUGUGAGGACGUAUUCAACAAGGCGUACCGACGAAUGCUGCUAACGGACGCAGCCGGUACCGCCUUUCAGCCGGACAUCUGCUUGACUUUCUGCCCGCUUCUCAACAUCAGUAGCUGUGAAAUCACCGAAAGAUCCGACGAGUUCUUCGUCUUCGUCUACAACCCGCUGUCUACGCCUGUGCAAACAUACGCGAGGCUGCCCGUUACGGGCGACGGCUACGAAGUGAAGGAGCUACCGGGACAGGUCAUCGAGGCGCAGCUUGUGCCGGUGCAACGCAAGGUUCUCCGCAUCCCAGAGCGGAAGACGUCCACCGCGACAUCGGAGAUUGUCUUUCCGAUGCAGCUGCCGCCCAUGGGCGUCACCACCUACCAGUUGCGGAAAUACGAAGGUUUCACACUUCGGGACAGCGAAAGCAGCGCUGUUUUCGACGGUGGCAGCGAGGCUCCGGCCAUAGACAACGGCAAGUACCGACUGUUCUUGGACCCCGUGACGGGCCUGUUGAGUCGCGUGAUGCUGCUCAACACGGGACUGGAGGUCCCCUUCCGUCAGUCGCUGUUCGCCUAUCUGGCCUACGAAGGCGUCGUCGAGAAGCCCUCGGGCGCCUACUCCUUCAAUCCGGCUGACGAUCAGCCCAUCGAUCUGGGUCGCCGAGUCAACUACAGCCUCGUCAAGGGCCCCUUGGUGCAAGAGAUUCACCAGACGUUCAGCGACUGGGUCUCCCAAGUAAUUCGGCUGUACAAGGACGAAGACAUCAUUGAAUUCGACUGGGUCGUCGGACCUAUCCCCUUCAGCGAGGGCCGUGAGCCCAGCCGCGGCAAGGAGAUCAUCUCGCGUUUCCAAACCUCCAUUUGGAACAAUGGCACAUUUUACACUGAUUCCAACGGACGCCAGACAAUAAAGAGAACGAGGAACGCUCAUCGACCAUGGACCAAGACCAUCGUGGAACCCACUACGUACAACUACUACCCCGUGGUGUCAUGGAUCUACCUCAAGAAUGAAUCUCAUGACCUCCAGUUGACAGUGUUCCCAGAUCGACCACAAGGCGGGAGCAGCUUACACGAAGGCGAACUGGAAUUAAUGCUUCACCGGCGGCUGCAGUAUGACGAUUCUUUCGGCGUCGAGGAGCCCUUGAACGAGAUUGGCGUGGACAAGCGGGGCCUGGUGGCCCGCGGCACGCACCGCGUUUUCUUGGGCUCCAUUGAGGACUCUGAACGGAUGCUGCGCUCCAUGGCCAACCGGCUGGUGUUCUCGCCGCAGUUCGCCUUCCACAAACGUGACCGGAAGCUGCUCGACAUCCCAGUGCCAAGGGCGAGUGGGCUGCAGUAUCCGUUACCGCCAAACCUGCACCUGCUGACAUUAGAACCUGUCGGAGGGAACCGUGCGAUCGUCCGCCUGGAACACCUCUACCCCGGCGUCAAGGACAACCGGCUCAACAAGCCUGCUUCGGUGUCGCUUAAGAACAUGUUGGUCCCGUACACCGUGACGUCCGCCGAGGAAACCGUGCUGUCGGCGCACGAGUACUUGCGCAACACGACCAGGUUCCACUUCGAGACGAGGGACUCCGUGACGGCGUCAUCCAGCCCAACCCUGCUGCGCCGUCUGGCGGCGCAUCGGAACGCCAUUCUCGGCACUGGCGCCUCUUCCCCCACAAUGACGUCGUCGCCCAUCGACGACCGGCUUUUCACGGUGACGGUGAAUCCGGGCGAGAUCCGGACGUUUCUGGUGACGCUAGAACCCAAGAACUUAGGCUAACUGACUAGCCUCACUCCAUCUAUACUCUGGGAAAGUCGGAAACGUCGCGAUUUUUGUUUCUUUCGGAACGAUAUAGACGCUGCUGGUAUCAGCUUCACAUCUAUAAUAUAGUACAUCGUCGAAUCGCCCGCCCAGGCAGUCAUAUCGGCUGGAUAGAUGCGCGCGGCGGCAACGUUGCCAAUCCAGCUCGUGGGCUUAUGUUCUCUUGACUGAAGCUCUGUUAUUUCGAGUAGGUACCGAUGCACCAGGCAUCGGUAUGUUUCAGCCCAGAAGAACAAUGCAGUUUUUUUUUCUUUUUCGCUUUCGGGGAAAAAUAUGUCACGCCACACACCGGGAACCAAAUAUGCUGACGUGUACCCAUCCGACUUAGUUCUUUACAUGCUCAACUUUUUCGCUGUUGUUAAGAGCUGACCGCUGGACAUGGCAUGUCAAGAAUGCAUAAAAUAGCUUUCCUUUCAAAUACCCAGCUUAUUGGUUAAGCGCAGGUAGCGAUAAUGGUAUGCAUAAAUAUAAAAUACUUCCAAUGUAUUACAUACACAACAGUUAGCUUGCUGCCUUGUUCGGCAAAAUUAUCUUCCGUGCUAAUUUUCUCUCAUCUGGCUUUCCUUUGUGGCAUACCGGCUCGCUGCGCGAGCUUGCUAAACUAUAUUAUAGAAAUCGCCGUGAUUCUUACGCGACAGUCAUGGAUAAUCAAGGCGCUAGCAGCGCCGUCGAAUCAGAAAACAAGUAAACGUCUCAUGUUCACAACUCAGAAUGUUCCUGUCAUUACGCGCUAAUCAGGGAAGUUAUCGUGACUUAUGCGUAAAUUUCCCGCGUGGAGAUGUUGGUGAAAAGGUUAUAGUUUCGUUUUUGGACAUGAUUUCAACGAUUCACACCUAUAUUGACCCUGACAGCGCUCACGGCAUGCAGUACGCGUUUCCUAGAGGUUCCUUACUCAUUUCUGUUUUCGUUUUUUUUUUUUUUGAUAAGUUGAGCAUGUGGAGUAGUGGUACCCGUCGGCUUACCCGGUGGCUGUUGCGGCUUGAAGGAACGCAGGUUGUUCCAAGCAUUAAUCACUUAAAGUGACCAAUGACUGCCCCAAAGUCGAGAGGCGCCUUGUUUUGCAUCUGAAGCUGCAAAACAUCGCCCCACACAUCUAGUCUACUGUGAGAAGCGGGACUUUUUCUUAUAACGUUUAUCUAAGGCCCAUGAGCUGAGGCGUGACGUUUGCAAGCCACUUCCUUUCGUUCACACACUAUUCAGGACGCCGUCGUAACCUCUCAAGAGGCGAAGAUUUGAUCCGGAAAACGGGUGUGACCUUAUCAAAAUAAUAAGAAGAACAACAACACUGACUUGCAGAGUGCUCACAAUUCAGCUGCACUUGAUAAAAGUUAUACUGAAAGUCAGUGUGCCAUUUUGCAUCGUGAACGAAGCAAUGUCAUUGUGAACUCGAGGGAGAGCAACCUCGUCCUACAUCUUCUUAAAAGAAAAGUUCUUAACAGCGCGACGCAACUGGCCAGGGACGUACUUUGUUGAUCAAUGCAGACGAAUUCGAAGGCACUCGAAGGGCAGGAACAGAGAUGCAUACGCAUCGGCGGCAAUUGAUCCGACGACUGUCGGGAAAAACGGAAAAGGCUUUGGAUCGUUAAGCUAUGCGAGGCAGGGCUCAAAGUUCAUGGGUAGGUGUGGCCGGGACCUCAACAAAUAUCUGGCUCCACUACGACCAGCACAUACACAAGCGAGAGUUUGCUUCGAUAAAGGCUGCAUAGUUUCGACAGCACGGAAUGGAGAGCACGCAUUGUUAAUAACACGGGCAACAGAUGGCUUUUCUUGUGUCUUUCCUGUCCACAGUAGCCGUAUCGGUUAGGCUCAGCGUGCCAAGAGACGACUACGCACAGUUAGUACCGCGCCCUGCAACGCAAUCGGCUGAGUAAAUUCUAUUUGGCACACCUAAGCCUCCACAUUGCGAUGAGAUGCUUUAUGUUUUACGCCCCUGCCCGUGCCACAAUAAAUAGCCCCCUUCAGCAUCGCUGUCAGGUCUCCUUAUGAGUGGUUACGACGGUGCUUCCUGGCUCUUGGAUCAUACAGAUCCGCAUUCCCGGCGUCAUGUAUGAGCACUUCAUUCUUCGCGACGACCUUGGAUAUGUAAUCGUCGGAAGCAGCGUGAACGUUAUUGUGAGGUCAUUCCUAUGUAUUACGACGCAACUACAUCAAGCGCACGCUUUACGGCACCAUGCACUGCACAGACAAGACCGUGGUCUCGUCAUAAGGCGGGCUGUAUUCCUUUUGGCAUUAAUUAAAUGUAGAUUUGUUGAAACUCUUCCAGUAACUCACGCCACAUAUCCGGUUCGAAGUGAAUGGCUCAGUUCUGCCAUGGAUUGAUCAACGGGCGAACACGGUGAAAGUCAUGCGUGAAAGGAAUCGGCUACUUCCUCCCCGCGUCGGUUUAUGGACGAUUGUUGGGAGGAGGCUCGGCCAGAAUUGUAAUGCAGUGGAACAUUCUUCAGCAACUGCACUAUAGCGCCUGUAACCUCCAGAACGUUGUGGAUACAGUUUUAGUAGGAUAGCGUUCGCCUGUUAUUGCUGUACAGGAUGGAUAGUGAGAAGUUGUCGAUUGUAUUUGCGCGCUGCGAUCGAGAAAUUCUGCUCAGUCGUUGCUUUUUUUUUUUCUUUUUUUUGCGCUUGUCGAUAGUUUGGCAGCCGCACCACUCUUCAGAAAUAUCGGUGAUGCGAAUCUUGUACAACCAGGAAGCCCGAAGGCAGUUUGCAUUUUCGCUUCCGCAUUCACAUCAUCGCAGCAGAAAAACUUGACGCGCCAACACCUGCGUAUAGCUAUGGCGACGACGACCGCGCGCCGCAUGUGUAGGCCUGCACAGCCCACCGAAAGUUUUCGCAAUUUCCUGUUUUGUUUCCGGAUGCGCGCAGGCUGAAACCUGUCUGUGUGUGCAGUUAUAGUUUGUCGCCUCCGUGGGCGCACGCUUGAUACGUUGUUACACCGUUACCAACCUUGCCACCGUGUGGCACUAAAGCUGUGAUUUUUGUUAUUGCCUUCGGCGUUUUACUCCCUCUCCCCCCUCUCUUUUCAAAUCUCCUUCGAAGCUUUGGAACUCGUGAAGUGUGGCGUUGACAACUCUGUAGCACCUCUUUCUUUUUCUUGACUUUUUUUUUUUACCAGGCUGCGCGGCUAUUCCACGUCAAGAGAUGACACCGUCCCCUUGCACAAUAUUUAGCAAGAAAAUGUCCUGCGCACUUACAUACGUUAACUAGAAAAGAGCAACUGUCUGUGUGCUUUUCUAAACCACGAGAUUAAAGCGAGGAAACUAAGCGCCUUUCUUUCCUAUGCGUCACAGGCACAAUUCUGCGUAUUCUGUGCAGAUGUACUCGGUGCUUCUAUUCGCUUCUGAGGGUGACAAGCAUUUAGAAAUCACUCACGAUAAAGUUUGUCAUCGCUGGGACAGUGGUUCGCGACAGCCUGGACUUCCAUCAAGGCGCUGCAGGUGACGGAGCCUUGCUCGAUGUGAAGCACAUUGCUUCGUAAGAAGAAAAAUUAUAUAAAGUGGACGGUUGGUGCAGAAGCGGGGGGAGAAAUAUAUAGCUGUAUGAUAAAUAUAUAAAUGCACACCUAUAUAUACAUAGAAUUAAAGAGGUAAUAUAUUCUCUGUUUAACUCGUCAUAUCUAUUACUUGUAAAUAAGCGCGUAAGUUUAAGGAAGUACCCCUUCUGCGGGUCCUUGUAUUAACAGCUCACGCACUAAUUAUCGCACAAGCACGCCCGUAAACUUGCUGUUGUACACAAAGUAAGCUAUAGCGUAAUAUAAACUGUUUCCAAACAAGAAAAAAAAAAGGAGUGAAAAUCUCGGCUUCGAUCACCUUUUCCUUGCGCUUUUUCCAACACUGCGUGUAUACAGUGUAAUGUGUAUGCUAUCUCAGUGUGUGUGCAAAUAAUCGCCGAUAUUUGUCUUUCUGUGCGAAACAUCGUCUUGUGCGGAUGACAUCAGCAUGACUGUUCUUUGCUGUAGCUAUAUGCUUACUAUCGGGGUAGGAAAAAAAAACUGAAUUAGCUACGUAGUAUCAUGCCGAAACGAGGGAGAGAAAAAAAAAACGCGCGAUCCCGGAUCUACCGUGGAAUGUUUGUGCUCGAAUAGUUAGGUGUGUCCAAUAUCUCCUGGCCCACAUCCCGUCGAGCCGUUGUUCCGCCAAUCGGCAUCCAGGCCUCGUGAAAUGAUUUUAAAACGUGGGAAUCAGCGCGCGCACUAUGCGCGCAAUCGAAGGAAAAGAAACGGACAAAGACAAUCUCUUGUUCCGCGUCGAGCACUGCGCGUUGCUUCACGCGUUCUAGCGCGACUGGUCGCCAGUUCGCCGAACCUUCACGAUUAUUUGCUGAACCUCGAGGAAUCAAGUAAUGAGUGCGAGUCUAGUAACAGGCCACUAUUGUGACGCAAACGCGUGUCGGAUGACCGACUCUGUUCUUGUUUUAGGUAGUGAUUUGAACUAGGCUGUGUAAUAGCCGUAUCACCGCUACUUCGCUCGCCAGGCGCUCGCUGAGCGUGUUUAUCAUUGCUGUGCAGCUCACGUAGCGCUGAGCGCCCGAAAUCGACGGUGACAGAAACGUGGCAGUGUUAAACCGUGAUAAUCUAUAUCUAGACACCGCGCGUCAUGUAUCAGGACGCGCAUGUAUGUUGUGCUUUUGUUGUAUCUUAUGGGAAUCUCAAAAUUUGUGUUCUUCCAUGGUCGCUGGCUUGCAGAAACAGGCAAGAUGUUAUUCGGGUUCUAUAUUCUUUUCACUUUUUUUUUCUGCAUGCGACGAUGGUACACGUGCAAGGAGUGCGCAGUUGUGUUGGAUCUCUUGUAAUUCGAGAAUCGACAGAGUCGUUCUUGUGGGCAAACGUGUCUACGUGAACGUACGCGUAAAACGGUUAAGAGCAAAAUUUAUACAGCUUCUCGUUUGUUUCUGAAAUUCUGUACUGCUACUCUGUGUCAAAAGGGAUCAACGGGUGGUGUUCAAAGCUCGACGCCAGUGAGGUGUUUCCGGGCCCCGCCGCAUGCAGCGAGCAGAAGAAAAAAAUGGCCUCUAAGAUUUGUGUAAUCCAGAGCGCGCUGUUGCUGAGCUGUGGAUUUGGUCAUCACCUAUAUUGCUGGACGUCUCACGUUACUCGAAUCAGCUUGAGAAUAUUCGGCGUGUCGCGCGAAAUGAAUUAACAAAUAUGAAAUGAUACUGCCGCCAACAGUGAAACAAUCUUUCACAAACUCUUGACUGGAUGCAUCGUCGAAACGGUCGCUUAAUUUUAGUAGCAAUUUAAAUGCAUACGUCAAAGGAAAAUAUUAUGACAGGCUAGAUCUAAAGAUUUAGCUUAUGUGAUAACUAAUUCGCUAUCUUUAACGAGAACGAAUAUUUUGUAAGCAUGAAAAUGGAGUCUCAUGGGUUUUCACGUGAUGUCAGCGUUGGCUGAUUUGCAGAGAACGGUUUAGAGAGAGGUCUCGUGAAGAUUACGUCAACUCGUCCGUAUCGCUGCGGGACGUUUACGUUUAGGAGCAGCAGCACAGCAGAACUUUUCUACGCAACCAAGCGAUAUACUGGCACGCAGACAACAACGAUAAACUUCUAAAAACGGUAAUAAGGUUUUAUUUAUUUUUCUUCUUAUUAUGUUUAUUUUUUUACGAAAGGGCACGUGAUCAAAAGGCAGUGGCGCUGCUACCGAAGCGCCUUGUCACGACGUUACCAAUAUAGGAAACUCCUCGUCGUAGCUGUUUAAUUGUUUAUAACCAAAAAAUAACUAUUUUAACGCACUCAAACAUAAAUUUAACACAUGCGUCUUCUCUUUUAUUCUUAUUGUUCUUUUGUUUAGGCUUGUGUUUCCCAUGCCCGGGAAACAUUUGGCAAGAAAGCCCCAAUCACUGAUUGACUUCAGUAGUUCCGCAUGCCGCGAACAUAGUAAUAUAAUGAAACUUCACAGAUGAUGGGCAGUGAGCCACUUGCAAAACUUCAGAUUUGAAGACUGCGUACGAUGCAUCCGUCGUAAGUUAAUUAUAGCGGUAAGCACGUAAAAAAUACAAAGGUUACAUGGGCUCCAGGAUCAUGUUCGUUUGGCAAUUUUUCGUCACUUGAGACGUCCUGUAUAUUCGUGUGACCGAAUGCCAAGUAUACCUGCAGUGCUGCGUAAUAUGUUGGACCGUUGGAACCUUGCCUGCAUAUAUAGUUAGGGAUAUGGAUAUGUGUACGCUAAUAUCUCUAUGUCAACGUAACCCUGUCAAUGGCAGUUAGUGAUUGUACGUACAAGUUCCAUUAAUUGCAGUUUCGUGGAUACUUGUAGGUGCUCUAGUGCUACCUGUAGUAGCGGUCACUCUUUGGCUGCAGCUCCUAUCGUAGAGUAGAUGUUGAAAUGUUGUUCUGCGCAUUGUUGUGUCUCACCUGUUAUACGCGCAGUGACAAAAUACUUCAGAAGUCGAUGUUGUGCGUGUUCGCAAUGACAAGAGCACCGCUGAGUGCUCACCUCAUUGCAACUUCUUUUUUUUCUUCCUUACACACAUUUAAUAUCAUAAAACCGGAUCACGACAGCCGGUAUACGCACAGAGCUUAGUUUGACCAAUGUGACAUGACCGCGUUUCUGAUGUAUGUGUGACUUUGACCACUGUUAUCUAUUUCUCGUAAUAUCGUAACGCUAAACUUCUUAUCGUAUUCUUGCGCCGCGGCUUAACCGUGAAUGCGGUGAAGUCCUCGAGCGCACAUAUGUGGUGAUUUCACAUGUAUAUACUUCCUGUUGGUCCUUCGGCUGCUGUUUUUUGCGAGUUGUAGCGGUUGGUAGUGUAAACGACCUUUGUUAACUUAUCGCUUCCACGAGUGAGUGUACGACAUAGUGUAGUUUCUAGUUUCUGGCACUAAGAGCCACUUACUCGUGUAUGUGCAAUGUACGCUUAUUUCUCACUGCUUAACAAGUGCUGACUCAUUAAAAGCAAUUACGCGCAGUGUCGAGGCUCCGUUGGACAUGUACAAUAUUUUCAGCUGUCGCCUGGCGUUUUUUCAGUGGCGACGUAUUUGGUUUAUAACCAGCCUAAACGCACGCUUUAAUUACUCCUUUUGACCUUGGUUCCGCAGUGGUAAGUUUCGUUGAAAUUGUCAGGUCUGAAAGAUGUUGGCACCAUGGCUGGCAGCUUGUUGUAGGCAAGUUUUGCGGCACUUGCAGAACAAAAGCGUUGCUAUCAUUAGGCGAACAUUUGAGUGAGCGCUUUGGCUGACCACAUAUGCACUCGUGAAAUAGCAACUGCUAUGACUGGAAGCCGGUACGGUAAUCAGAUUAUGUGGGAACAUUUCUCUACGUGAACGCCGCUCGUUUUUCUUUAUUUUUUUUUUCAUUUGUGCGUGUGCGUGUUUGUGUGACAUUAACUCUAUUGGGGCCAGUCAGUGGCCGUCUUGCUUGCUUUUCUUUUCUUUUCUUUCCACCUUAGCACUACUCGUAUGCGGCUAACUCUACGUUCUUAGUCGCUAAAACUAGUCACAAAAGUCGUGAUGUAAAGGUGCAUGGUUUUUCUGGUAACAGUUAAGAGGUGAAACUGGCAUAAAGCAGGGAUAUGAUGCAGCUAAGGCACUGAAGACGAAAGUUGCCUGUGAACAAAACACGCAGAGUAACGCAGUUGUACCGUUACUAACAGCAGGGAAUUCAUGGGAAACCAUUCAGCGAUAACGUUGGAUUACAUAACGCGAUAAUAUUUAAACCCUGAGGGCGGGGCAGCAGACCUGCCUCGUUUAAGAGGCCUGAAAGUGUUAAUCCGCCGUUAACAUUGCAGCUUAAACGCAGAAAAGUCGAUCGCGCGCAUGGAAAUAAGUAAUCAAAGCAACAUUGUUUUGCGUGUCUUAUUACUCACCGUAAUAAUGUUAAAACAAUAAAAAAGUAAAAAGAAAUUCAGACGCCACAUAUCCUGUUUCUUUUCAACCACGCAAUGCAUGAAUUGUCAGUAGCUCUUAAUAGAGAGAUGGUGUAAUGGUUUCCUCGCAAGAAACCUCUCAUGUCUCACUAAACGACCUCGUCUUUGAAAUAGGAAAGGAGUCAGAUUAGGAAGUUAGGCAGUCAAAAAAGGAGCAGGUGCUUCGUCGCGUUUUCGCGUUCUUGAGCGGCUGUAACCUAACAGACGUGUUGGCGUUCUGAACUGCGGCGCUAAGGAGCACUGACUGUCGGCCUUACACCGCCUGCAGCAACAAGUGAAUCGCCACCGCUGCUAACCAGGAAGGUGUGGUAAAGGAGAGGAGAGCGGAAAUGUGAGAUAUUUGGCUCGCUCUGUUAUUAGUGGUAAACUGAGACCCAACCCUAGCAUGUCUUCGUCGCGAUGAAUGUAACGUAACAAUAUCCUUAGUGGCAUUCAGGAAAGUGUGAACCACACAGCAUUGCCUGGUCUCGAAGGUAUACCUUUUGCUAAGCGUGAGAAAAUUCUGCUGAGUAGAUAACAAUAAUGCGUCGAAUGAAAGGCGUGAAGCGUAUUCGUCAAACUAGCAGCAUCCUUGAGAAUGCAUGAGGGGUGUCAAUUAUCGCUAUGAUAAUUCGUCUGCAUUUGUGUUUUUUUUUCAUGGCACCUUUAGCGCAUCCUUGUUUGUAAUAGCCGUGCACAGAGUUAUUUUAGAACAUCGUGCAACAAGGGCAUAAUGACGCGGUUUUGUUUUCUUUAACACAUUGGAUACUCGAAUAACCUGGUGCCAUAAAAACUAUUGGUUGGUUCAAAUUCAAUAACAAGCUUCUGCGGAAGGCUCUGCUCGAUUGCUACAUGUCAGGAGGGGCUCGCACUUGCUUUGUCUUGGGUUGUAAUUGACAAUGCAGCUAGCUAAACUCCAGCAUACUACAUACCGCGUCAAAAGAAAUUUCGGUAGCGUUUUCUAAGGUUCUUUUUUUUUUUGUAGCGGUUCACUUUAUUUUCCAUUCGUUUAGACAUCUUUGCACUUAAUUUUCGCAGAUGCCGGCGCACCAUCACUAUUGACACGAUCGGCCACUUGGUACGGCAGAUAAUGAUAAAAUAAAGAAUUUGAUAUAUUAAAUUUAUUGUUACGAAAUCCGGCCCCUGGCUUGAAAAUGUUUUUUUUUUUUUUCGAAACCCUUCUGACAAAAAAUUGUUCAAGUGCCAUAGCUAUGUAAAAACGAAAAGUGGAGUUUGAGGUAUGUGCGCCGAGUCCGUGAUAAGAUUGUUAUAUCUGGUCGUUAACAGUAAUGAUGAUCGGACGUAGGUGGGUUGAGUGUGUACUGAAGUGCUGCAUUGCCGCUACGGUAAAUGUAUCCGCAGCCGUGUAAACGGCAUGCCGGGUAGAGCAUUCGUGAUAUGUAAGUCCAUGACAGUAUGAAGUAUACUCGCUAUGUGCAAGAACUGUGUUACGGUACUGAUGUUCUAAUGGUGCGUCUUGAUUAGGCAUUUUGCAUUUAUCGUUUUCGCCUGUUGUCUGGAAACCAGCACAAUGAAGCAAGUUUUAAGAUUGAAGCUCUCAUAACUGGCGCUAUUGUGUUGGGAACUGUCGGUUUUGUCCCUUCGAUAUUUAUGAAAUACUAAGAAGCAGCAUCAAAAUUGUGCUAAUAUGUCGGCGCUAUAAUGGCGGCUUUACGCUUGCAUUGUGAGCAUUGUGCUGGUUUCCAUAACUUUGUACACUCGCGUACAUUUUUGCUGCUGGUGAAAGUCUAUUCACAUUCUGGAACGUAUUGGCCAAAACCAUACGUCACAGCGCGAGUAACGUGCUUUCCGCCGCGGUCCUGGCACACUGAAGGGCCAACAUUUGCCGGAAGACGUUUCUUGAACGAGAGCCGACGACGUGUUGACCGACAGUUGGGCAACGCCGUGUCACAAGAAACAAGUUCGGCAAGACCCCGCGGGGUCCCUUCGUCGUUAUGCUCCGCAAUGUGGUCGUAUGAACAUUGCCAUAAUUGCAAUAGCUAAUGCAGCGUUCGCAUAGCCCUCGACCACAACAUAUAUAGACCAUUACUACGACGCGAUGCAGAGAGUUACCGCCUAUAAUUAACGCUUGGACGUCUAUAGAACGCUCGUCAAGUGGAACAGAGAAGAAAAAAAAGCUUAACGAGAGUUACAUUCUCGUCGUUAAGAUGCGUGCUGCAAAAAGAGUGCUACAAAUUUUAAACAUCCUCCGCAGACAUCACAGGGCAGUGCAUAGUAUAGUGUGCGAGAUAUAUGCCACCAAGAUAAAAGACGCUACACACUUGUUCGACAAAGUUGUCGCUAGUUUUAGUUGUCGAGGCCCUCGCUGUGGUUAAUAUUGCCGCCGCUGCUGUCAAAGCUGUUACCCAGAGGAAGAAGAUGUUUAACGAUGCACAUGUAGAACCGGCACGUUGGCCUACUGUCGGGAAACAUGUUCAUUAGAAGUUCAAAAACAUGUUGCGCAAUGUGAAUAGACCCUAAGAGCUUUGUAAGGACCGCCACCUGGGACCUUGUUGUAUAGCACAGUCCAUGAGAGAUUGAAUGGUUCUCUGUUCAUCUGACAGCUGUACGCAAAUGUAUACGGCGAUGAAAAAAAAAAUUAUCUGUGUUGCGCGUCAUAUAUCGAUGUUAGCACGAAAUCGUGCGUUGUGUGUGGUUUGAAAAAGACAAAAAAUUAAAGCCAGUAAAUAUCAUGAAAUAAACUAUUGUUUGUUACCCA